AUGGCUGCUGCAAAAUUACCCCCUCGCGUGUUGGAAGUAUUAUUCUCUUUCCUUGACAUAUCCGAUCUUAGAAAUUGUUCUCUUGUGUGUAAAUCUUGGUAUCGAUUCUUAAAUGAUGAAAAUAAUGACGUUUGGAGGUUACAUUGUGUGAGAAAAUUAGCAGAAGAGGCCCUAAGAUCUGACAUUUUGAGCAGUGUGCCAACCUACAAAGCUAAAUUGAGGGCAUUAUUUCAUUCAUGGAACCCCAAUGAUUGCUCAAGAAACAUUUAUGUGAAACCUGAUGGAUUUACUAUACAUCGGAACCCUGUUGCUCAAAGUACUGAUGGAGCUCGGGGGAAAAUAGGCUUUAAAACUGGAAGACAUUGCUGGGAAGUGUGGUUUGAGGGUCCUCUUGGCACAGUUGCUAUGAUAGGCUUGGCUGCCAAAGGGACACCAACCCAAAAUCAAGGUUAUGUCCCUUUAAUUGGAUGUGAUGACCAAAGUUGGGGUUGGAAUCUUGUAGAUAAUCAUUUAUUUCACAAUGGGGAUAGCCAAGGAAAUUAUCCACAAUUAAAUAACGCACCAAAAUACCAGGUGGGAGAAAAAAUAAAAGUUAUAUUAGAUUGUGAAGACAAUACGUUAGCUUUUGAAAAAAAUUUUGAAUUUUUAGGGGUGGCCUUUCGAGGUUUACCAGACACACAUUUAUACCCUGCAGCAUCAGCUGUUUAUGGUAACACUGAAGUCUCUAUGAUUUAUUUAGGACCACCUUUAGACGGUUGACAGUGUUUCUACUUAGGCAGCUGAAAAAAUAAAUUUCUAAUAUUCCAUUCAUUAUAUG